AGCAACUAGGGAUGUUCAGCGCGCAGAACGAUUCUUCUGCCCGAGACACAGUGGUAGCCGUGUAGUGGCAGGAAGUUGCCGUUUUAGUCUCAUCUCGUCGGUGGUUCCGUUCGGACGGUUUUUGCGCGCACGUCGUCGUCGGUCGGUUGUGAGUUACAACGAUUCUUGGACGGAUUGCUGGAUCGCUUCUUGUGGGAGUAGAAGGAGCUUACCGAGGGAGUGUCCGGUUCCGGGAAACGCUCGUGGAGUCCGUCGCGUAGCGAGCUUCUAAGAAGAACACAUGCCCACAGGAUUAGCACAGCUGAUUGGUGGUUGACCUGGAGGUUUUGGGUUGAGAGGUGUGGGGGGGAUAACCUUCAAGUUCGGUGCAGAGGAGCAGCUCUUGUGACGCUUAUUAAAUGAAGAGGGUUAAUUGUGGAGUGACCCGCACUCGUAAUUGAAAGGGAUUCAGUUAGUGGGGUUCGUCCGUAAAGUACGACAAGCUGCAGCAUCUUUCGGCAACAUUAGCAUCGCUUGAGGAGAGUGCGGUGAAUAUUCAGUGAUGCGACAGAAUUAGCAUAGUUAGAAGUGUGUGUCUGUUUGCUACGGCAGUGCUGAAGCAAACGUGAGCAGCUGGUCAAGCGGCACCACCGGGGUGCAGUUCACUGUGUCUGGCGAGCGUCUACGGAGGAAGCAUUUCGUCAAGCAGUGCAACCCAGUGUGAUUAGCACGUCGGAUUUAGAUCGAGUCACGAAUUCUUCGUCACAGUCUACGGAGUGACAACAACGCGCGACAGUUUUCUAAGAAUAGCCCGGAAUCAAACCGGCAGUGUAUCACAUUGUAUCAAGUGUGUUUGUUGGCCGAGGGGGGGUUCAGCUGAAGAUUAGAUUCUACUAGCAGUGACGUGAUCGUCGAAAGAAUUCAGCGCAAUUCGGGAAGCGUAAAAGUAUUGUUGCUGUCGUGAAUUUCUCUGAGUGUGUUUUCGCCAAGUGUUUAUCGUGUGACGGCAGGUCAUUGACAGAGGUUAUUACUAUAUCGCGCGAGUUCCCGAUUUCUACGUAAACUCAGCUGUCACAACUGCUACUGUAAGCUGAUUGAACCCGCCGCUAGCGUUCAAAAAUCGCCAACUCAUCAUUACCAAGCCCCCGAAGGGAACCGGGGAAAAAUGUGCUGAAAAUCAAAGACCAAAUCGCACAUCAUCAAGCUCCUCGACCAACAAAAAAAAGGACAUCAAUACAUCGGAGAUCAGCGUAAAACCACCACAUGAAAAUCUAGUGAAAAAAGACCGGGUCAUCCUUUCGUUUUUGACCCCUUUUUGGGGUCUCCCGGAAAAUUCGCCAUCCCAAAAACCAAAUCAAUACUAAUCGACCAACCUUAAACUUUCCCACCCACGGAAGGAAGGCGGGGUCGGAAAAAAGGAAUUGAAAAGGCCCCGUUGGCCACAAAUCCCCGGGUUUUGCGGUGAGUCCUGUGGGGUCGUUCAUCAACGCCAGAUUUUCCGGGGCAGAACCGUAACAGCCUAAGGCUUGAAGAAAAAAGAAGAGUUGAAGAAGUGGUCCCCGGAGGGGCGGGGUGGCAACACGUGUGUACAACAGGAAACGCACACGUGGUUCCGAGGAGGAGGAAAAAAAGGUGCUUAAACUUGAAGAGCUUCCGCGACUAGAGAGAGAGAGAGUGAUUAAGGGUGAAGAGUUCAACCCACUUGGGGAGGGGGGUUGAAAUAAGAGUAAUGGUGCGUUAAGGAGGUGUUUUGUCUGAGUAAAAGGAUGAAUCGCAAUUAAAUACAGUUCAGCGGAAGUAAAGAAUUGAAAGCGGAGCUUUGUUUGAGGACAUUUCGAGGAUUCAACAGGCUUUAACAUUGUGGUGACUGACCCAGCGCUCAACAUCACCGCUUGAGUUCGAUGCACCAGCUUGAUCCGCGCUCCAAAAGUCCCAUCGCCGCUGUCAUCAAUCUCUCCCCAGCUUCCGCUCACCCCUACCGCCAACGAUGAAUGUGUGGCCACGGUUCUGACAGCUCGCCGCCACCGCCCUCGCAGGACCUGGGAGCAUGUGCGGUCCGGAACUGCUGCUGCUGCGGUUGUUUGUGCUGAUGCUGGGCCUGUUUGGACGGUUGGCCGCCAGUCCCAAUGGCUCUCCUGCGGACUCGCAGCCAUCGCUUUCGGCGUCUUCCCAUCUGUGCGGUGGCACGUUGACAGCGACCCACGGAACGCUUCAGACGCCGAACUUUCCCGAGCGCUUUCCGGUUCCGAUCAGCUGCGUGUGGAUCAUCGAUGCGUCCGGCGUGGUCGGGCCGAACAGCUCGAUCGUGGUGUAUUUGACGCAGCAGUACGUGUUGAGUGGGUUGAGGUUUACCGAGUACAUGUACUACAGCGAGGACUUUAAGGUUCCGUCGGAGAAUGUGUUUGAGUUGAGCGAGUACGACGUUACGAACGUGCCGUGGAUCAAGUUUAACAGUCCGUACUUGGAGAUCCGAUUUACAAUGGAAGCGUUGUACGGGACGCAUCUGCGGGCGCUGGAUCAUCUGCUGGACGUGUACGGGUUCAACAUUACGUACGAGGUGGACAAGGUCAAGCCGUACCAGUGUAACGCGUUGCAGUGCCGCUUCCUGGGUCAUUGCUACGCCAAGCAGGACUACUCGGCCUACUACUGCGAUUGCUACGCCGGGUUCAGCGGACUCGACUGUGGCAAUGGGCCGCUCUGCAAGGAUUCGCACAUCUGCGAGAACGGUGGCACGUGCAAGUAAGUUUUUAUCUUCG